UUCAAACCAUCUCAUCUUCAAGAGCUCACUUCAUCCCUCUAAACGGCUGCUGCUAGCGCUGCGAUGGCGGCAAACGCAUUUCCGACGCAACUAACCCCGCCCUUACUCUCCAACUCAAUCCACGCCAGAAAAACCCUAAUUUCUCCACAAAACCCUUUCAAGCUGAAAUCGCCAUCACCCGGCGCAGUUGUUGUGAGGAAGGCGAAAAAGGAAGUCGAAUUGGACGAGUACGGGGUACCGAAGGAGUACGACCCCAAUUUCGGACUCCCGAAAGAGAUUUGGGACGACGAAUGGCAAGCACGCCAACGGGAAAAAACAACGGAGCUGCAUCGCAGACGUCAAGAGGAGGAUGAGGAGGAGAAUAGAAAGGUGGCUGAGUAUCGUGAAGUUGGCACACGGUUAAAGGCAUACCCCGAGGAAGAAGUUCGGAAAGCAAGGAGAUUGGUUUCGAGCUUUAUCACAUCUGCUGAAGAAGUUGAAGAGAAAAUUGAGGAGGCUGCUGAUAAAGGCGAACUUACCGAACUGGUUCUAAUGGUCAUUUGGAAUCGCCUUGACCUUGCUCGACGUGAUGAUGAAAAGGAUGCCAUUAGAAGUUUAGAUCUCUUGUACAGGAGGGUAGAGAUGGAGAUACUGAAGAGGGAGGCUACUCCUUCCAUGAGGUUGCUGAACGAUCUUUUGAACUUGCACGAUGGAUUUCAUGAUGAAGAGUGGCUUAAGGAAUGCAGAAAACGCAUGAUUGAUACCUUUCCAAGAGAGGAUCCUUUCAGUAUACUUGUUCCAGCUGGGUUGGACAUUGAUAAGGGUACGUGGAGGGUUUGUGUGAUGAAUGCCCUAGAUCUUAUGCGUGGGUGCAAUGCUGGCACACAACAUGUAGGUCGCAUUGGUCUGCCACCAGAAGAUGAUGAGAUGCUGCUGAGGGCCGAUUUCAUCCGGGAAGUCGAUGCAUUGCUGCAAGAGGUCCGGUCAGAACAAGACCAAUCACAGACCAUGCAAGGUUUUGAUCCUGAAUCUGUUGCUACUAGGUUGAAGCAACAGGAGAAGCAGCAAGCCGUACGUCAGGUAGAAGCUCUAUUAGACUUAGCAAUAACACUGAAAUGGUAGUAGUACCUUGGUCAUGCUUCGCUGCGUCUUCCUGUCUUGGCUGAUGGUUUGAGAAGAAGAAGAGGCUGGUGUUGGUCAAAUCUUUUGUCCGGAGAAGAAUAUGAUGUGGGUUUUUCUUCCCAUGGCCAGAAAAGGUUCAGGUACUGACGGGAAGGAUUAGAAUGGGCCAUGGAUGGACUUGUGUGCAAAAUUGGGUUUUGAUAAAUCCAACCUUGAUAUGUUUGUUAUGGUGUUGAUGUCUUUGUAAGAUGUAUCAGGAUCCGAAUUAAACUCUUUUAUGUAUUUUGGGUAAUGUUAUUUGGUGCAUUCAUAUU